AUUACUGCCUGCCUUCACUCCUUUGCCCAUGUGUCUCCACCACAGAAGCCAUCCUCAGGGGGCUCCAUCUGGGGGGAGACAGACAGGACCAGCAGCACACGAAGAAACACCAAAGGGGAAAGGGACACUCGGCCUAACCUCAGGACUUUGGACUGGGGGUCUUUCCCUUCACUGUGUCUCAAGUAAGACUCGGGUUUAGAAGAGGAAAUAAGGUGAAAUGAUACCACUACCACUGAAGAAGGACUCGCUGUGUGUCAACAAGUGAUUCACAUGUACUGUCAGCAGUAGAGAAGACUUCACAAAGGAGCUGACAGGAAAGCCCAGAGAAAGAGGCGAGAAGCUAGAGGUAGCCCCGGCUAGUGCGGAGGUCGUGGGCCGUGGGUCUUGGGAGCGAGCUCGCCAGGGAGCAGGAGGCCAAACGACCGAAAUCAGAGUCGCAGUCGGAGUCUCCGAGCCGGAGCAGGAGCCUGAGCCGGAGAGCGUCGCCCGUCCGCCCGUCACCGCCCGCGCACCCGGCGCUGCCAGAGCCUCCGGCGCAGCGCGGCCAUGGAGCCCAGCAGCAAGCCACUUAAAAAUGGAAACUCCGUUCUUAGCUGGCAGGCUGGAUUUGGCCAACAGGCCCUAGUUUGCCAACCUUGGCUUAGAGCAAGAUCCACCCAAGUGGCCAGAGGUUUCUGAGCUUCGGCCUGGGCUGUCCUGGCUCAGACUGGGCAAGGCCCCAAAAGUUGCUAGAAUAGAAUUUGACCUACAUAAGAAAGCACCAGGUAGGAACCUUGUUUCCUUCGGGGGCCAGUGCCCAGAAGCAAGGGGGAGGACACGAGCAGGAAGGGCAUGGGAUUUGGCCUCAGAGACCUACCAGAAGCGUCCCAGAAGCCGAGGACCUUCUGGUUAUCUGCUUUUUCCUCUCCCAACGUUCCGUCUUCUCAUCUGUGAAGUGGGAGCAGUCUCUCCCCCAGCGCGCAUUCCUGGUGGUUAAAUCAGGAUGCAGAAGCGGCCCCUGGCAUGGCGCCUGGGGCCUCACUGGUGCUCUGGGUACUGAUAAAAGCAGCAGCUCCCUCCUCUCCUCUCUGCUGGCAAGACUGAUGAGUGCCUCCUGCCCCCAGGGCCACCGUGGGGUGCACAGGAGGCUCAGCCAUGCAAAAGUCCUGACAUCACUGGAAGGCUCGAGGGAUGGCCCCCAGAGGAGUAAAUGCCUGAGGUCACCUGAAGGUUAGGCUUUGGAAGGGUGACCCAUCACUCUUCUUCUUGAAAAGACUUGGCCGGAUGGAAGCGGUCAGAGGGUAAACUGCCAGUCAAGGAAUCCAAAGAACUCAAGUCCCAGCCCUGGCUUUUGUUUGCUGAUGACCCUGGGAGUCUGCCCUCCGACCUUAGGCUCCCCAUCUGUCACAUGAGCCUGUUACAGCAAUUCUGCAAUGUCUCGGGCUUCGUUCUUUUUCAAUGCCCAGAAUUUUGUUCAAAGGAGAUCUUAGGAAAAAAACCUACACAAAAUAAAUAAAAAGGGAGCUGUUAUGGAUUCCAUACUCCCCUGCCUCAUCCCCUCCCAUCCUCCUUAGAACUUGCGGACCAAGUCCUGUGCUUCCGUGCCCGGCGGAAAACCACGUGGGAAGCUGUGGGAGGAGGAUGGCAUGGAAGCAGCGUCUGGAUUGUGCCGACGCUGGGACCCUCUUCCUGCAGGGAAUGCCCUCCCUCUGCCAAUAUUGACCAAGGGCCUGCUGCCGGCCAAGCCCAAGGCUGGAGCAUGGUGCUGAGGAAGGGCACAUGGGCAUGGGUCAAAAGGCCACAGUGCUUAGCAAGUUACGUGACGCGGCCAGUGUGCCAUCUGUCAUCCCAGUGUGUGGGAGGAGAGGUCCCAAGGCUAAUGCCACAUCAGUGGCUUCCCAGGAGAGGGAGGACCCUCGUGUUGGGAUAGGGCUGAUGGAGGUAGGGGGUGUGAAGUCUCCUCUAUGCUGGACCCUGAGCCUGGGCACUUGCUGAACUGAGAGGCCUAUGGCACUCCUGGGAGAGCUUGGAUUUGAAUUCGGGUCUGCCUCAUUUCAGCAAGUCCUGGGAGUUGGGAGUUACUACUAUUAGCCUGUCUCUGCCUCUCAGAGCUGAUGUUCCGGUACCCAUCAAAUGGCUGAGGUAAAAUCUGUUAGGAUGAGCACUCUUCUGGCCAAAUGGAUAUCCAUAGAGCCUGUUUUGCCUGAAAGCUAAAUUCAGAAGUGGUUUGUUUUAUGAAUGUUCUGUACUAUGCCCUUCCCUGGGCAGUCUGGCUGCAGAGGUGGCUAAGACUCAGGGCCCCAUUCUUGGGGGGAGUUCCCAGACUGGUGGGUGAACAGCAGAUGGGUAUUCUCAACUGCUAGAAGCAAAAGCUGGAGACGGUAGAGGAUACAACCAGGGCAAAACCCUGCAAGAGGGUGGGAUGUUUUAGAAAGUAGCCUCAGCCCCAGGGUGGUCACAGAUGGGUGCCCGGGGUAGGCUCCUGGGGGUCACAGAUUCCAGACUCCACACUGCUCCUCCACUCUUAAAGAAGGCUUCACAAGAAAGCCACAGCUGUGGGUUUAUUCCCCUUCUCUAAGUCGCUACCAAGUCAUCCAUCAGCUUGGCACCUAAAGAAGCGUGGAAUGAAUGGAUUUCGUCGUGGCACUUCAGUUGCAGCCACAGAGCAGAAGCUGACAGGCCGUCUCAUGCUGGCCGUGGGAGGAGCAGUGCUUGGCUCCCUGCAGUUUGGCUACAACACUGGAGUCAUCAAUGCCCCCCAGAAGGUGAUUGAGGAGUUCUACAACCAGACAUGGAUCCACCGCUACGGGGAGCGCAUCUUGCCGGCCACACUCACCACACUGUGGUCCCUCUCCGUGGCCAUCUUCUCUGUAGGAGGCAUGAUUGGCUCCUUCUCCGUGGGCCUUUUUGUUAACCGCUUUGGCCGGCGGAACUCAAUGCUGAUGAUGAACCUGCUGGCCUUCGUGUCCUCUGUGCUCAUGGGCUUCUCGAAACUGGGCAAGUCCUUUGAGAUGCUGAUCCUGGGCCGCUUCAUCAUUGGUGUGUACUGUGGCCUGACCACAGGCUUCGUGCCCAUGUACGUGGGGGAGGUGUCUCCUACGGCCCUUCGAGGGGCCCUGGGCACCCUGCACCAGCUGGGCAUCGUUGUCGGCAUCCUCAUUGCCCAGGUGUUCGGCCUGGACUCCAUCAUGGGCAACGGGGACCUGUGGCCUCUGCUGCUGAGCAUCAUCUUCAUCCCGGCCCUGCUGCAGUGCAUCCUGCUGCCCUUCUGCCCUGAGAGCCCCCGCUUCCUGCUCAUUAACCGCAAUGAGGAGAACCGGGCCAAGAGUGUGCUGAAGAAGCUGCGCGGGACGGCUGACGUGACCCGCGACCUGCAGGAGAUGAAGGAGGAGAGUCGGCAGAUGAUGCGGGAGAAGAAGGUCACCAUCCUGGAGCUGUUCCGCUCGCCCGCCUACCGCCAGCCCAUCCUCAUUGCCGUGGUGCUGCAGCUGUCCCAGCAGCUGUCGGGCAUCAAUGCUGUGUUCUAUUACUCCACGAGCAUCUUCGAGAAGGCGGGCGUGCAGCAGCCUGUGUAUGCCACCAUCGGCUCCGGCAUCGUCAACACAGCCUUCACUGUCGUGUCGCUGUUUGUGGUGGAACGAGCCGGCCGGCGGACCCUGCACCUCAUCGGCCUGGCCGGCAUGGCGGGCUGUGCCGUGCUCAUGACCAUCGCGCUGGCGUUGCUGGAACAGCUGCCCUGGAUGUCCUAUCUCAGCAUCGUGGCCAUCUUUGGCUUUGUGGCCUUCUUUGAAGUGGGCCCUGGCCCCAUACCAUGGUUCAUUGUGGCUGAACUCUUCAGCCAGGGUCCUCGCCCAGCUGCCAUUGCUGUUGCUGGCUUCUCCAACUGGACCUCAAAUUUCAUUGUGGGCAUGUGCUUCCAGUAUGUAGAGCAACUGUGUGGUCCAUACGUCUUCAUCAUCUUCACCGUGCUCCUGGUGCUGUUCUUCAUCUUCACCUACUUCAAAGUUCCUGAGACGAAAGGCCGGACCUUUGAUGAGAUUGCUUCCGGUUUCCGGCAGGGGGGAGCCAGCCAAAGUGACAAGACACCCGAGGAGCUCUUCCACCCCCUGGGGGCCGAUUCCCAAGUGUGAGGUGCCCCACACCACCAGCUGGCCUGCUCCCAGCAGCUCCAAGGAUCUCUCGGAGCACAGGCAGCUGGAUGAGAUUUCCAAACUGACAGAUUUCAGCAGAGCUGGGCCUGGGGCUCCUUUCUUCAGCCAGCAAUGAUGUCCAGAAGAGUAUUCAGGACUUGAAUGGCUCCAGGAUUUUAACAAAAACAAGACUGUUGCUCAGAUCUUACUCAGAGAAGCAACAAGUUUUAUAAUUUUUUUUAUUACUGAUUUUGUUAUUAUUUUUUUAUCAGCCAGAGUCUCCUGUAUCUACACCCCAGACUUCACCCUGAAUGGCUCAGUACCUGAAGGUGGGGACCAAGCCCUGCCUAGACACUUGCCUUCUUCACCACGCUAAUCUGUAGGGCUGGACCUAUGACCAACGACACACUAAUUGAACUAUGAACUAUGAGGCUUCUACCCCAAGAGGUAGCUGUGGCCACUCUCUUCUGAGGCCUGGAUCUCCCUACCCUAAGGUUCAGGCUCCAUUAGGGUUCGCCCAUACCCAUCUCUUCCUACCCAACCACUCAAAGUAAUUUUGCCUUGCCUGAGACCAGUUGGGAGCACUGGAGUGCAGGGAGGAGAGGGGAAGGGCCAGACUGGGCUACCAGCUUCUAGUCUCCUUUGCACUGAGGGGUCAGAUGAUCACCAUGAGGAGGGCCAUGGGAGGCUGAGAACUCACUGCGCAAGAAGACAUGGACACUCCUGCCCUGCUGUGUAUAGAUGGAAGAUAUUUAUAUAUAUUUUUUGGUUGUCAAUAUUAAAUACAGACACUAAGUUAUAGUAUAUCUGGACAAACCAACUUGUAAAUACACCACCUUACUCCUUCUGUAACUUACCUAAACAGAUAUAAAUGGCUGGUUUUUAGAAA